UCAUGCAGAUACUUCAGACAAAUUCAUGGAGCCUCAAAGUCAGAAUUCGAAGACAACACCAUCAUUGUCUUUAGGACGAUUUCACAUUUCUGAAGAUUAUGGCUUCCUUCUUCCAAACCCUCUGAAAGAACUUCCGGAUCAUUAUAGGCCUUGGAUGGAAAUAGCCAACAAACUUCCUCACUUGAUUGAAAGUCACCAGCUUCGAGCUCAAGUUAACAAGAUGCCCCUCCUGAGCUGCCAGUACCUCAAGAGCCACCGGGAACGGCGCCUGGCCCACUUGGUCUUGAGCUUUAUUUCCACGGGCUAUAUCUGGCAGGAAGGAGAGACAAAGCCCGAAGAGGUUCUGCCGAGAAAUCUUGCCAUUCCCUUUGUUGAAGUCUCCAGGAACUUGGGGCUCCCUCCUAUCCUGGUCCACUCAGACUUCGUGCUGACAAAUUGGACCAUGAGGAAUCCAGAAGGACCCAUGGAUAUUGGGAACUUGGAUACCAUCAUCUCACUUCCUGGGGGAGAAAGCCUGCGUGGUUUUAUACUGGUGACUGUUUUGGUGGAGAAAGCAGCAGUACCUGGGAUUAAGGCACUUGUUCAGGCAGUGAAUGCCAUCAUGCAGCCCAGCCAGGACUCCCUGCUUCAAGCCCUGCAGCACCUGAGACUCUGCAUUCAGGACAUCACCAGAACCUUAGGACGAAUGCAUGAUCACGUAGAUCCAGACGUAUUUUAUACAGUCAUCCGGGUCUUUCUCUAUGGAUGGAAAGAUAACCCAGCAAUGCCUGCAGGGUUGACAUAUGAAGGAGUCUCCAAAGAGCCCCUGAAAUACUCUGGAGGGAGCGCAGCUCAGAGCACAGUGCUUCAUGCCUUUGAUGAGUUCUUAGGCAUUCGUCAUAGCAAGGAAAGUGCUGAUUUUCUACACAGCAUGAGGGACUACAUGCCUCCUUCCCAUAAGGCCUUCAUAGAAGAAAUCCGCUCAGCUCCUCCCCUGAGGGACUCUGUCCUGUCCUCUGGAAAUAGCCAACUUCUGACGGCCUAUAACCAGUGUACGGAGGUGCUGGCAGAGCUGUGCAGCUAUCACAUCACCAUAGUGGCCAAAUACCUCAUCACAGCUGCAGCCAAAGCGAAGAGCAGGACACCAAGCCAUCUCCCGGGCCCCCCGGCCUCAGAACAGAGGGGCACGGGUGGAACUUCAGUGCUGAGGUUCCUGAAGAGCGUCAGGGAUAAAACGUUAGAGGCCAUCCUCCACCAGCGUGGUUAAGAGACUGUGCUCUCCCCAGCAAUGCAAAACCAGCAAACGCACUUUCCCUCACCCUCUGCCCCACUGGAGGGCAGGUGGGCCUG